UAUCGAUGCGACUGCUGAAACCGGCCGAUUUGGACGCUUGGUGAAUCAUUCGAGGAACGGAAACUUAAUAACGAGAACGAUUCUCUUGGAUAAUAAGCCGAGAUUGGUUUUGAUCGCUAAAGAUAGGAUUUUAAAGGGCGAGGAGGUUACUUAUGAUUACGGGGAUCGAUCUAAGGAGUCUGAUUUGGGAAACACGAAGUUAACAGAGUUCUUCCCCGUUCGGCGUUCAAUUAGGAAAACGAAGAAAACCGUUUUAGAGGAGAAACAAAAAUCGUUAGAGGACGCCGUUCGAAGCGGCUCCGAAGAUGGUUUAUUAGUUAAAAUAUUCGACGGCAAAGGAAGAGGGGUCGUAACAACAAAAACCUUCGAAAAAGGCGACUUUGUAGUUGAAUACAGCGGUGACUUAAUCGAUUUAACCGAAGCUAAUCGUAGGGAACAAAAAUACUCUUUGGAUCACACCGCCGGGUGUUAUAUGUAUUAUUUUAAAUAUAGAAACCAACAGUAUUGUAUCGAUGCGACUGCUGAAACCGGCCGAUUUGGACGCUUGGUGAAUCAUUCGAGGAACGGAAACUUAAUAACGAGAACGAUUCUCUUGGAUAAUAAGCCGAGAUUGGUUUUGAUCGCUAAAGAUAGGAUUUUAAAGGGCGAGGAGGUUACUUAUGAUUACGGGGAUCGAUCUAAGGAGUCGUUAAAACAUCAUCCGUGGUUGGCUUUCUAAUUUGGUGUUAAUAAUUUUUUAUUUUCUCAAAGUUGAUUUUAAUGAAAAGUGUUUAAAGAUUAAAGGCUGAUUUAAAACGAGUACUUUUUAGGGAAAUUGAAGUACUAUUUUUAAAGGAGUACUAUUUAGGAAAAAGGAAUUUAAGAUAAAAUUAGGCCAAUUUAAGAAAUGAGUAUUUUUAUUAUAAUUAUUUAUUGAAUUCUUUUAAUGAGGAGCACUGCCUUUAU